GUUAAAGCUCUCCUCAUUCAUACUUGUUCCGGUAUAACCCCUCUGUCGCAUCUGCUCCAAUCCAAGAUUUUGACAUUUUUUAUCGGUUUGAUCCAUCAGCGAAUGGCAGCAAGCGAUGUGCCGUGUUGUGAGCCCAUGUUCUGGACAUAUCUGAUCAUAUGUGUGGCUCUAGUGUGUUUUGCUGGCCUCAUGUCUGGCCUUACACUAGGACUCAUGUCUCUCAGCCUGGUUGAUCUUGAGGUCCUCAUCAAAGCUGGUCAGCCUCAAGACCGCAAGAAUGCAGAGAAGAUUCUGCCACUUGUAAAGAAUCAGCAUUUGCUGUUGUGUACGCUCCUUAUAGGCAAUGCUCUGGCAAUGGAGGCCCUGCCCAUCUUCCUCGACGCACUUCUUCCAGCUUGGGGUGCUAUUCUAAUAUCAGUCACACUCAUACUCGCCUUUGGUGAGAUUAUACCUCAAGCUGUUUGUUCUCGUUAUGGAUUGAGUGUUGGAGCAAGAAUGUCUGCAAUAGUUCGGUUGAUUGUUAUAGUCCUCUUCCCAUUAGCUUAUCCGAUCAGCAAGCUGCUGGAUUGGAUCCUUGGGAAAAAGCAUUCUGCACUUCUGCGAAGGGCAGAGCUGAAGACCUUGGUUGGCAUGCAUGGAAAAGAGGCAGGAAAAGGUGGAGAAUUGACACAGGACGAAACCACCAUCAUUACUGGAGCUUUAGAUAUGACUCAGAAGACGGCCAAAGAUGCCAUGACACCCUUACCUAAAAUAUUUUCACUUGAUAUAAAUUCUAAACUUGAUGAAAAAACAAUGGGGCUGAUAAUAAGCACGGGACAUAGUCGCAUUCCCAUUUAUUCAGGAAAUCCAGCAAAUAUCAUUGGCCUGAUUUUGGUGAAGAAUUUAAUCAAGUUCCGCCCGGAAGAUGAAACCCCUAUAAGAGAGACAACCAUCAGGAAAAUUCCAAGGGUUCAUGAUCGUUUGCCUCUUUAUGAUAUAUUGAAUCAAUUUCAAAUUGGUCACAGCCACAUGGCUGUUGUUGUCAAGGGUAAGGACGAUGUUAAGGAAAUUGCAGAAGAAACAAAAACCAAUGGUAGCAUCUUCAAGACGAACAAUAAUCCAAAUUCAAAACAAAGAAAAGCAGAUAUGAAAGUAUGUUCAGGGAUGAUUCAUCAGCCUGGUCAGAAUGAACAAUUGAAUAUCUGUAUACAUUCACCAUCUGUGUACUCCAGUGACACAGAAAUUGAAAGUCCAAUGCCGGAUAAUGCGAGAGAUCUAACAGAUCUUUUGCACCCAAAAUUAAAGAAAAAUGAAUGCCAAAAUCAAAAUCUUCCAAUUGAAGAUUUGGAAUCCCUUUCAGCUUUAGAUGAAGAAGUCAUUGGCAUCAUAACACUGGAAGACGUCAUGGAGGAACUGCUGCAGGAAGAAAUCCUGGAUGAGACUGAUGAGUAUGUUGAUGUUCACAACAAGAUAAAAAUUAAUAUGCUAGAUUGGCGAAGAUCUCCCUUAAAGAGGUCUCCCAUAGCAGCAUCAGCUUCCCAUAUUCAAUGGAGGACUCCUGUGGCUUCCCCAGUUUCUUCGUAUCAUCAAAGUCCACUACCCUCCUGCAAUCAUACUCCCAUACUGCACUCUCCAAUUCCACCAUAUGUUUGUUCUCCAUUGGCUAGACCAACUCUAUCAGCUUCCCCUGGAAAAUCUGUUCCCAAUUCUCCAGCUGCGCAUUACUCACCAUCCUCUCACCGGGUUUCAAGAAAAUCAUAUGAGAAGCUGAGAAGGCCUGAGGAUUUGUACUGAUUGUUAUUUUUGGAAGGUUUGUUGGUUUAGUCGCAGAGAAUAAAAUAUGCAAAUCUCACUUAUGCAAGAAUAUUAUUGGAUAAAAAUGUCAUUUUGCCUUGUAACGACGUGCCGCUUCAAAGCUGGACAGGGGAUCUUUUUUUUUUUUCUCCUUAUCGUACGACAAGUAGUUUCUUUAGCGGAUGCGCUGCCUGUCCCUCGUUUGCUUUGCCCUAUUCAGUUGUAACUUUGGUCAAUUGUUGAUGCAUCCACGGGAUCCUCAACUCUU